UGAACGAAGAAAAAACACACAGUUUCUGUCACACACGCAAUUCCAUUGAAUAUAAGUGCAGAAUUUUUCAAAGGCACAGUGAGAGAGAAAAAAUCUCGGAAAUCAAAAUGAAUCGUUUGAUGGUUGCUCGACCAGUCCUCCGGACAAUGAUCCAAUCGAACAUUGCUCCAUUGCAGCUACGGUUUUCACAUGAUCACGGGCCAAGUCCAAAGGAAAUCGGACCACCAGCUAGUUUCAAUCAACUUCCACAUCCAGAAGGUGAUUGGGCCGAAAAUCAUAACAAGAAACAAUCCAAGUACAAUGCCAUCCUGGCCGCUUCGGCUCUUUUCUUCGCCGCUACCUUCGGCUUCAUGAAACAAUCGGGUAUUAUCUACUUCAAUGCCUCACCACCAGAAACCUACGAAUAAAUGCUUGAACCGAGAUACUAUAGCCCAAAUUAGUUGAACAUUCAGCAUGUAAGAAUGAUAAUAAGAAACAAAAAACAAAAUAAAGAAUGAAUUAUGUGGCAAAUAUUCUGUACAUUUGCGUCAUUGUGUCAUAAUUUGGCCCACAAUUUGAAUGCAAAAUGCGUGUGUACGUUUCACACUUCACACCAUUUGCAGCAAGCUUAAACAGUUUAUAAUUUGUGGAAAAAUAAAUUUAAAAAAAAAUAGAAUCAAAA